AUUACGUAAUCACAACAACAUACAGGAGAGUGUUGAGAGUCACGUACCGAGAUAUGAUCUCUGUACGUAAUGUUCUUUUCUGUGUUUGUAUCACUCCUCUGGCCCUCUGGGCUAUUUCAUUUAUUUGAAAUAUAUCAAUAUCGUGAAUAGAGCGCGUGUGGAUAUUUAGUUUGCUAGUUGAAUUAGCCGUUUAGUUUAGACUGGUCAGUCUUUAAGCUGUGCUGUGUUUUUGACGAUGCCUCAAGAGCCUCAGGAAGGGCAGCAGCCCUUGCCGUUGGUCCGAUCGCUGAUUAGCCGACUGCCGGCAUACGUGGUGUUUUGUAACCGCAGUCCGCGCGUCGUGAAGCCGAUGUGGAUCAACUUUCGCGGAGAGCCGCAGCCGUACGUGGACAUUCAGCCUUACACAGGACGGAAAAUGACAACAUAUGUAGGUCACCCAUGGAUGUUUCGGGAUGCAGAGACCGACGAUCCAAUGUUGGUGAAUAAUAAAGAGAUGUAUUUGCCGGCAACCCUUGAAAAUGGUCAAGUCGCAGUCGCCAACAUCACCUUGCCUGUGCUGACCUUGCGAGAGCGCUGUCUGCAAGUUGUGCGGCGGUUGGUGCGCGCAGAAGAUAUCUGUCGACUGGAGAUAGGUCGAUGCCUACAAGAAGACCUUGCUCAGAGACCCAGCAUUCACGCUGAUCUACGGCGGAUUAGUCAGCGAGUAGAACAGAAAUUAUUGGAGAACAGAGAAGAGCAAAACAGAUGAAAGUCUGAACCUUAAUUAUGUUUGUUCAGCAUACCCAUGUACCAGCACCAAAUGAAACUGACAAUGGUGACAUUGUAAAAUGUUGAUAAACCUGAAACCAGGAGGCACAUUUUCUUAAGCAAAUUGAUGUUUUCUGCUUUAAACAUUAAGAAUACACAAAAUGCUGAGAGCAA